CUAUUGUGUUGUCAACCUGCAUACACACAGGCUGUCCGUGAGUGCCCAGUGUAUAACAAUACCUGGUCUACAUGACGUAAGUGCAGAAAAGCUUAGUGUGCCACAACCUACAUGUAGCAACAUUGUACACUUGUGUCAGUGGGAGAGCCAGACACAGAUGAUGAAUGGUUCAUCAGCGUUUAGCAUCCUUGAAUAGACUUUGCUGCCUAGUGGAGAUCACUUGCUUGGUUUAAGCAAUACAACACUGAAGCUUUGUGUUAGGACACAACUUCUCAACAUAGCUGGAAUGAAAUAACUCAGUUUGGAAGAAAUUGUAUCUGCUGGAAAGAAAAACAAGAACAAACAGUGAGGCUAAUCGGGCCUCAUUAAGUGCUGCCAAUUGAGCUGGUGUAUUUAAAAAAAGAUUGAUGUUCUGAGAAUUCUGAAAUAUUGAAACAAUGGCUGGACCACUGUUUUCUGGGAGCUGGGUUCCCUUUGUGACGCGACUUCUCCUGUUGAUAACAUGCAUGUAUUCAGCAGCAUCCCAAUCCUGUGACUUUGUGUGUGGAGGUGUUUGCCUGACUCAGCUCCAUGUUUGUGACGGUUAUGUUGACUGUGUGGACGGCACAGCUUCAGACGAGCGCAACUGCCUAGUUCAAACUGAGUGCCAGCUGGAUUUUGAGAAGUGCCCGACCACAUCGGCAGGUACCAACAAUGCCUGCAUUCACCCCCAGUGGCGUUGUGACGGCGACAACGACUGUGGUGAUUUUUCGGAUGAAAACCGCACCUUCUGCCAGACGACCCCUUGCCCAUCCAGUAUGGUGAAGUGUAGUGAUACUUUCCGGUGUCUACCCGGCUAUGCCUAUUGCAACGGGGUGGAGAAUUGCUAUGAUGGAUCAGAUGAGCCAGAAGAAUGCAAUAAUCCCGAUUACACUUGUCCCACCGAUCACUUCAAGUGUUUAAACAGUCGUCGGUGCAUUCCCAACGUGUGGAUCUGUGACACAGAGGACGACUGCGGUGACAACUCAGACGAGCGUGAGGAUUUACACUCUUGCAGCACUCAUGCUUGUGACAGUACACGUUACUUUACCUGCCAGCGCAAUCGGCCUGGCCACAGCCGCUGUAUCCCACUGGACCUUCUGUGUGAUGGAACCAGCCACUGUGAAUACGCAGAGGAUGAGAAUAUCACCAUGUGUGGGACUCCGGAGCCUUGCCAGUUUUACGAAUUCACAUGUGACAACAACCUUUGCAUUCCGCUGUGGUAUCAGUGUGACCAUGACAACGAUUGCGGGGAUGGCAGUGAUGAAGGAAAUACAUGCAUAUACCCUAGCUGCAGUACUUUCCAGUUCACGUGCAACAACGGGCGCUGUAUAUCCAUAUCAAAUCAAUGUGACGGCUUCGAUCAUUGCCGGGACAACUCCGAUGAAGAAAACUGCGAGUGUCUGGAAGGCCAGUUCCAGUGUUUUAACAAGCAGUGCAUUGAUGCAAGCAGUGUGUGCAACGGCAUCAAUGACUGCGUUGAUAGCUCAGAUGAGGGCAGUAGUUGCAACGUGAAUGAGUGUCUCACUACGACGUGUCAGUACGCCUGCGUCGAUGAACCACUGUCUUAUCACUGCACAUGCCCUGAUGGAUAUGUCUUGGACACUGACCAGCAUUCAUGUGUUGACCGCAACGAGUGCAUCGAGACACCAUGGGUGUGCGACCAGAUCUGCAUCAACAAUGCAGGUGGCUACACCUGCAGUUGCGCACAGGGCUACACCUUGUCGGUUGAUGGCUACAACUGUACCCUCAACAGUGGAAUCAAACCCUACCUCAUCUUUGCCAACCGAUACUACAUCCGUCGGUUGGGUGUGGAGGUGAACUCGACUGAUUACCAGCGCUUGGAGCAAGACUUUGACCUGACUGUCUGUCUGGACUACGACUACACAGGAGGAAAGCUGUACUUCUCGGACGUCCUCACCGACUCCAUCUUGAAGAUGGACAUUAACGGCGGUAACGUGGAGACAGUCCUCAACCACUCGGUGUAUGGCGUCGAGGGGCUUGCCGUUGAUUGGGUCACCAAGAAGCUGUAUUGGACGGACCAUAUCUCUGAUUUGAUGGAGGUGUCGGAGCUGGACGGGAGCAACCGGCUCUCCAUCAUCCGCUCUGGUCUCUUUGAGCCCCGCGGACUAGCCCUUGAUCCCGAACACGGGUACGCCUACUGGGCUGACUGGGGCCUUAGGCCAUAUAUUGGCCGUGUUGGAAUGGACGGCUCAAGCAAAAUGGAACUCCACGACGAGAGGGUUGGCUGGCCAAACGGUCUGUCCAUAGACUACCCAUCAGGCUUGAUUUAUUGGGUGGAUGCCCACUUGGAUUAUGUGGCUUAUUCAGAUCUGAAUUUUGAGAGGAUCCACCCACUUCUUCACGACGACAUCCGGCACACCAUUGCCCACCCCUUCAGCAUCAGUGUCUUCAACAAGGACAUCUACUUCACCGACUGGAACCUGAAGAAGAUCUUCAAGGCCAACAAGUACUCUGGGGAUGAGGUGGAACUCAAGAGCACCGUCCAUCGACCAUUUGACAUCAAGGUUGUGCACCCUCUACGACAGAUCCCUCUGAAUAACAUUUGUCAGAGCAGUCCAUGUCAGGGGCUGUGCUUGAUUUCUCCUGGGGGUACCAGUUACACUUGUGCCUGCGCAGAGAACUAUGUCCUGUCUGGUGUAGAUUGCAUCCCGUUGUGCCCCGAGGGACAGUUGGCCUGCACUAGAGAACACAAGUGCAUUCCAUGGUAUAUGCAAUGCAAUGGCGUAAAUGACUGUCAGAGUGGAGAAGAUGAAGUCAACUGUCCCCCACGCACCUGUCAGCCAGGUCAGUACCAGUGCCAGGAUGGCAACUGCUUGACCUCCAUCCUGUGGCUGUGCGACGGCGACAGGGAUUGCCCCGACAACAGCGACGAAGGCACAGUGGCCAGAUGCAACACAACAGCAUGCGCUGCAUGGCAGUUCAAGUGCCGAGGUACGGGGCGGUGUAUCAGUCGCCGUUAUAACUGCGACAAGAUUUCUCAGUGUACUGAUGGCUCAGAUGAAGAUGAUUCACUCUGCAGGGUUCACGAGUGCUCAGAGGGAUAUUUCCAGUGUGACAAUGGAUUCUGCAUUCCCGAGGCAUGGAAAUGUGAUCUGGAUGAUGAUUGUGGUGAUGGAUCUGAUGAGCCCCACCGGGAAUGCCAGAAUACUCCAUGUCCAGCGGGUUGGUUCAGCUGCCAGACCAACUACCGAUGCAUCCCGGAGUAUGCUCGUUGCAACACCUACGAUGAAUGCCGCGACAACUCUGAUGAAGUUGGCUGCGAGGCCGUAACCUGUGACCCUCUUGGGGAAUAUCGAUGUGACAAUCAUCGCUGCAUCCCCCAGCGGUGGGUCUGCGAUUUGGACAACGACUGCGGGGACUUCUCCGAUGAGCGACCGGGAUGCACGCCUCGUCUGUGCAGUGAGAGUGAGUUCCGAUGCGUCUCUAGAGGGCUCUGUAUCCGUGACCGUUGGGUCUGCGAUGGCAACCCUGACUGCAGUGACGGCUCCGACGAAUCAUCCUGUGGUGCUAUCAUCUGUCGGCCUGACCAAUUCAAGUGCACUGUGGGAGGUUGCAUUGCAGCUAAUCUGACCUGUAAUGGCUUGUACGACUGUGGUGAUCGCUCUGACGAACUCAGCUGUGAUUGCACCACGGAUCAGUUCCGGUGUGACAACACGUUGUGCUUGCCAAACUCUCAAUUAUGUGACACCUAUGACGAUUGUGGAGACGGCAGUGAUGAGACCCCACAUGCCUGUCAGAUAGCAACUUGUGAGCCAUCCACACUUGUGUGCAUCGUGGACGGUCUACCAAAGUGCUUGCCAGAACACAAACGAUGCGACGGCAUCCAAGACUGUUUGGCUAACGAGGACGAGGCGGCAUGUGAUGUGGUAUGCUCCGCCGACACUUUUAAGUGUCAGAAUGGCCAGUGUAUAUCAUGGGACAGAGUGUGCAAUCUGCAGUCGGAUUGCAGUGACAACUCAGAUGAGACCUCAUGCUACAAGGACACAGUGGAGUGUGAAGCAAGCACCUGUCAAAAGGAGUGCAUCACCCUGUCCCCUACCAGCAUUGUCUGCAGCUGUGGGAGGGGUUUCGUGGAGACGGCAGAUGGUUGUGAAGAUAUCGAUGAGUGCUACCUCAACAACCCUUGCCCCCAGGUGUGCAGGAACACCAAGGGUAGCUAUGAGUGCUACUGUGCCAGAGGGUUUGUGGAUCGAGGCAUCCAUGGCAUGGACUGCAAAGCUGAGGGCGAUAUUGAGGUGAUUCUGUUUGGGGACGGCUCAGAGUUACGCAAGUAUGUCCUGGAGCAGAAUGUGUACCAAGACCUUGUGGUGAACGAAGCUCGCAUCGAGUCCUUGGACUUUGACAACCACUCAGGCAUGGUGUACUUUGCAGACACAGAGCUGCGGGCAAUCAAGAGGGUUCCGUUUACCAACGAUGGUGCCAUGGAAGCUCCCGACAACUUGGGCCUAGACAAUGUGUACGCGCCCGUGGGCAUCACCAUAGAUUGGCUUGGAAACAAUGUAUACUUUACGGAUCAAGGUCUUCCUGAUGCUCCUCGCGGCAGACGUGCCGCCGCAGACCGAGGGCCAAAGGUCGCUGUGGCUGCCCUCAAGUCUCAUCCCUACCAUGAGAAAACGCUGCAUGUAGCUACCAUGCCACGCGCCAUUGCGGUCAACCCACGCCGAGGCCUGAUGUACUGGACCGACCUCGGGGCACCCGAGAGAGGAUCGCGCCUCUUCAUGUCCUGGAUGAACGGCGAGAACAAGAUACCGGUCCAAGCAGCCACUGGGAAACUGGACCAGCCCACCGGACUGUCAGUGGACUACGCUGGCAAUGAUACCGUCUUCUGGUGCGACGCCCGGUCAGACAAGAUUGGUUUCAUCACCUAUGAUGGGUCACACUUUGUCAUUCUCCAGACAUCCGGCAGUCUCAAUAACCCCUUCCAGCUGGACGUCUUUGGCAAUCUCAUCUACUGGACCACCCGGUGGACUGACCAGCGUGGCAUGAUCAGGACCAUGAACAAGACCGGCGGUGAGCAAGCGCCCUUCCUGUCCGGGCUGAACUUGCCCACGGCCGUCAAGGUUUGGCAGCAGCAUCGCUACCCCCUGGAUGUGCCCAACCCCUGCGAGAGGAACCCGUGCCUCUACCUGUGUCUGGUCGUACCCAGGCAGAAAGGCAAUGCCAUCACCAAGGGCUUUGAGUGUGCCUGCCCCAGUGGUGUGCCAGUGGAUCCCAGGCAUUGCGAAGGAUCACCAGUUGUGCCCACUGCCACCAUCCCUGCCACUAGUGCUGUCCCGGUAUGUCUGUGUCUAAAUGGAGGCUACUGCAAGCCAGACGGAUCAUGCCAAUGUCCUGAUAAUUAUGAGGGAAAAAUUUGCGCUACACCGUCUGAGCACGGCGGAGGUCCUCCAAACCAAAAUUCAUCCAUUGGCCUUGUAGUGGGGCUGGUCGCGUUCAUCUUCAUCGCCAUCAUUGUGAUUGUCAUUCUGCUGUUUGUGUUCCUGAAAAAGCGAAGGAAGUUUGCAGGUCCAGUGACAUAUCGCGAUGGGCAGAAUGUUGACAUUCAUGCCCCUCCUCCAGGCAGGGAAGUGGAACCGCCUAACCACUAUGAGACCUCUCUGGCACCGCAUGCCCCCGUCACCUUCGAGAACCCCCACUACGCCCAUGUGGCUGGUGCUGCCGGUGGGGGAACUGUCACUCUCCCGCAGAAAACGGCCCUGCCCUUCGACCCCUCCCUGUACCAGCCGGGCUACCAGGCUGAAGCCUUGCCUGAGAAGGCCUACCUACAGGACGGCUCCCCUGCGCUACAAGCCCACUACCCAGAGCCCCCGCCAGCCUAUUCUCCCAACACCCCCCCGCCCCCUUCCUCAGAGGGCAACAAGGAACCUGACCAGGAAGCUUAGAUCCAGAUGGAGACAAGCUGCUUGAGUGUUGAUGGGAAGUAUAACUUCAAUUUCAAAACUCUUUGUUUCUUUUGUCCUCAUAACUUCCAAGCUGUGCUAGAGAGCACUCCUGUGACCCCAAACUUUCUUGGCCUGUGUUACUAUCCUCGUAGACAAAACUGCUGAGUAAGAUUUGUGUGUAUUCAUAAUGUUGCUCUUGUAGAUUGUGUGUUCAUCCUAACUUUCAUUAAUUUGCAUCAUCAAGUUUACACAGCUUAAGGCCACUUCACUCUCUGCUUAAUGUCGCCUUAUUAAUUUGUGAAUGUGACUAAACCUAACGUGAGUGGCCAAAAAAACAAAAAAAGUCUUGCACAAUAUAAAGCAAUAGGAACCCUGAACGUAUUUCGCCCAUGUAAUGUCUGUUUGCCUCAGGAUGCCAAAACUGAAUGGGGUCAGAACAGAGAGCUUCAUUCGCUCUUUCUACAAAAUAACUGAAACAAAUUCUUCAGCCUAAUUUUGGUGGAUCAGUCAUAAACGUUCAAGUAGCAACUUCACGGAAGUUUGAACGUAUUUAAACACUGGCAAAUUGCAUUGUAAACAUUCUAUAAUCAGUUCCAUUGUAAAGAGCAUCUAAUAUGAAGUAGCCUUUGGCAAGUUUGAAAAUGGAGCAGCACUCAUGUCAUCCUAACUGACAGGAAACGACUCCAUAUGUGUGCCUUCAAUUCAACAAAUCUGCUAUCGCGGCAGAACUUGCUUACAUAACUACACUGGGUAUGAACUAAAUGAAAGUGCCUUAUCGUGGUGUAUUUCCAUUCUCGGAAAGUUCAAAUAAACUUUAAUUGACGCAUGUAAUAGUGGAUCUAUCGCUGUUUUAGUUACGAUCACGAGAACUUGGGUCAAAUUUCACAGCGCUGUUAGGCAGAGAAUUUUCUACCAGCAGAAUCUCGGCUCUCAAGUCUCAACGCAGACUGGAGGCACAUUCUAGUGGCAAAAUUGGAACAAGGUAGCAGCUUAGCUGUCACUACCCCUUCAGCAUAUCUGUACACCUCAACCUUCAAGUACGACUAACUUCAUGCAGUUUUUGGCGCAACUGUUACUGCCGAAUGUUACACAGUGCUGUGAAACUGGACCCUGCAAAUUUUUCUUUUUGACUGGCCGUUUGAAGCCUAGAUAUUUUGUUUUUGAAAAAAUAUGCAAGGUGUAUAGUAUAAAGAUAAGAUCUUUAUUUUUAGAGUUUAUAAGGCAAAAUGUGAUGACCGUUUUGCAAGGCUGUUAAAAUAUUAUUCAAGAGCUGUUGGUUUUAGAUGUUUUUUAAUCUGAGUUAAUGCACUGUUACAAUGUACCUAAUGUGUUUAAUUUAAGAGGAAAAAUUAUACAUACUAUUUUUCUUUGGAAGAGGCAAUUGGUGGAUAUACAUUUUAAUUGCUAAAGCAUAUUUUAAAAUUGAUUCGCUCUUAAAACUUUGAAACUUUUCUCCUUUGAAAUAAAAAGUACUAAUCCAUUUAGCCUGCCAGUUGCUUCUAUACAGUGAAAGAUAGCACUGUGUGGCCUACUUGCAAGAAGAGGACAUGCAAUAAAUGGCACUGAAAAUACUCAGCCAGUUUUCGUCAGAAUGUGCACAAGCCCAUAGCAUAUGUGUAAGGAUGGCAGUUGAACAUCAACAAUGGCAUUUAAGAACACAUCACACCUGUUUAUCCCUGUACCAGGAUAUGAAUAAUAUAAAACUACAAAAAGGUUGUGGCAAUAAUGAACUUUUUCAGUUUUAUUUUUCUAAGGAAUGAAAUCAUGAGUGUUACUGUAUACACAGGAAUGCCCUCUAACAGACACCUUUUCGCUGGGCAUCUUGGCAGUGGAAGAGUACUUGACUGCAAGGUUUCUUUUAAAAUGAGUAUGGUAUUCUUAAGAAUGUCGUGUUUUAGGUGUACAAAUUUAUUUAGUAGUACGAUAUGAAAUAUUUUUUUGUGCGCAGCCAGUUGCCAGUUGAAGGAGGGGGUAAUCUCAGUGCUGAGAGAAAUGUGUCACUGGGACAGUUGGUCACCCACCCACCCUGGUUGUGUUAAUUUUCAUGUCAUGACUUUCAAGGGGAAUCGUCAGAUUAAUCAAGUGAAGACUGACGACCCAAACAUGAGGGAAAGAGAGGUGUGUAAACAAUGAUGCAGACAUCUGCUCUUGCUAUGAGUUCAUGCAAUAAUGCAUACAAAAUGUCCAAUAAUGUGCACAAGACUUCAUUCAUGUACGUGCCAGCGUAUUAACUAUGCAUACAUGUAACGCCUCAUCAUGUAUCCUACAGUGCAUCUGUACUUGCUGAGUUUACUGCCCCAGCAGGCAUCCUACAUCAACAGAAAUUCCACCGGUUUGGGCCUGGCAAAUCCAGUCGUGUUUAAAGACAGUGUCACUGUAUAGUGCUUGUCUGUCCCCCCCCCCGCUGAUCUUUCAGUGAGCUUGGAAACAUCUUGCCAUUGCCCAAAGUCCCUAUAUAUCGUCACUAUUUUCACAAAGAGGUAAAUUUCUCACCAGACAACAAAACCUAGCUUGCAAGAAAAUUACAUUUGAAGUUCGUCUCUUUUUUGGUAUUCAGCAUGCCUUUGACUUGAACAAUGCUACUACAUGAAAGAGGGGAUCGUAAUAUGGCGCGAAAUUGCCAAAUUAUAUUAACGGAAGUCAGUUAAAAUUGCUUAUUUUGUAAACAAAUCCACCUCUUUGUGAAAAUGCUUAAAUUCAUGUGGCUUUUGUUUAUCCAUGAAAGCUUGUGUUAUUUUGCUAUAGCUUGUGCCAGGUGCAAAUUUUUUACAUAUGUGUACAUUUCCAAAGUCAAACUCGCCUCUUCACGAAAACGGCAAAACAAGUUUGCCCAUGAAUUUGCCUUUAUUGCUAACACUCUACCUAUGGAAGACAAAUUCGCCUCUUUGUGAAAACGUGAAAAGCUGUUCAGUACAAAUUUGUGAUUUGGCUGAUUUCAGUAGAUUUGGUAAAAAACGAGUACACCAAGUUGUAGGCAUCCCAUAGCCUAUUUAAUUUUGCCAAAAAACCCAAGAAAUUUGAAAAAAAUCAUGAUUUGGGGCCAAAGUGUCUCUUUGUGAAAACAGUGACAAUAUUCAUGUAUUAAAAUGGGUGUACACAUCAGAAGCAACAGGGAAGGGUGGUAACUAUGUAACUAUAUGCGAUGAAUAACACUAGAUGCCAUAAGAACCAGUCCUAUAACAAAGUAAUGAGUCGACUUUGGGGGAAUCAGUUCCCCGCUUUGAAUUUGCCAUAUAAUCCAUUUGUCAACAACCUUAUGCAUCAGUUGCAGAUUAUUUUGUGAAACACAGAAUGUAAUUAGAAAUAAUUACUUGGAGUGCAACUUAAAAUUAACUUUACGCGAAUUAAGGAAUAAGUCUUUCAAGUUUGUAAAGCUUUACAUUGUUUUAAACUGAUUUCUGUCUGAAGUGAUCACAAUUUUUUUUAUUGACUUUAAGAGAAUCUUUCUUUGGUUAUGAAGAUGAGUACAUUUCACAUAGAAUACUAUCUAUUUUUAUGGCAUACUUGUGUGUAUAUCAGAAAUUUUAAAUUAGAUAUUCGUACGUAAAUGUUGAUGUACAUGUAUAGUUAUGAAUACUCUGGAAACUAAUGUUUGAAAGACACUCUAGCAUAUUGUAGUUUUAUUUUCAGAGUUCUUUAUUUUGUAGGUGUUUUUACUCGCUAGCUAUGUUUCCAAAAAAGGCAACAAAAAUAGAUGACUGAUUUGCAGAAACUGGACUGACAUUUCAUUUUUGAAAUGAAUUCAAUCCUACUUUUACCCAAUUUUAUCAACAAAAAUCAUAAGGUACUACUUUCAAAUAUUUGUCCUUUUUUGGGGGGGUUCAUUGGUAUCAAACAUAAAUCUGACCUCUACUGAGAAACAUUAAUGCUCAGGCCAUUUGUUUGAAAAAGUGACUAUCUAGUAUCGCUUUCACAUUAUAAACUGAUCAUUAAAGGUCAUUGAGUGCAUUCAUUUGUAAACAAA